CGGACCACUAUUGCUUUGACACUGCUUCUGGCUGCCUGGAUUAUACUGCCCUCCGAUGGAGAAAUGUAAACCGGGCUAGAGACAGACAAUGCAAUUAAUUUUAGCCAGGUGGUUAUUUACACUCUGACAUUAACAGGUGUGUUUCUAAUGAUGAAGUGAUGCAGACAAUCUAAAAUCAGAAUCAAUUGAAGAAAUCUUCUGGAAUUGGGCAAUAGUUUGCUAGGCCUAUGAGAUCCAGAAUAAUCCAAUGCGGCCGGGGUGGGAGACAGACUCCUCCAACACCUCCCUCUCCCUCACUACAAUUCUGCGCGAAUGAACGGACAUACGGACCAGCAUCUUUACUACAACGAGGACAUCGAGUGCGCCACAGCGCAUUUCAGCCAUCCUUAUAAUUAAGAUCCUAUAGGUAUGACUAUAUAGAGAUGGGCUCGGUCUACCUCGUGUAAUACCUAUUAUUUUGCUGCAGGCCUUCACCGUGCUCAAAAUCGGAUUCUGUCUGUUGCCGAAAGAAACAGGAUCUUGUUUUUUUUCAAGGCAUGGCAGAAGAGGAAUUACAAACCUUUACCUCGAUAAUGGACGCGUUGGUUCGCAUUACUAGUAUGGAGCAUGAGCUGCAUUGCCCCGUGUGCGACGGGAUGGUCAAGCAGCCCAUCCUGCUGCCCUGCCAGCACAGUGUGUGUCUGCUGUGUGCGGCUGAGGUGCUGGUGCAGAAGGGCUACCCUCCACCAGACCUGCCCCCGGAGCCCCUCUCCCCAGCCUCCACCCCCAACAUGCGCUCCCCUCGCCAGGCACGAAGACCCACGCCGCGGACCCCCGACCGUCUUGAGCGCGUCCUCAGAGCAGCCUGUGGGACCUACCCCGGGCGGAGGCGCAAGGACCCGGCGCCGGCCCCCAUGCUCUUCCCCUGCCCUUCCUGUCGGCAGGACGUGGAGCUGGGAGAGACAGGCCUGACAGAGUGCCUGCGCAACCUCACCCUGGAGCGCAUCGUUGAGCGGUACCGCCACACGGUCAGCCUGGGCAGUGUGGCCAUCCUGUGUGGCUUCUGUAAGCCCCCCCAGGCCCUGGAGGCCACCAAGGGCUGUGCAGACUGCAAGUCCAACUUCUGCAACGAGUGUUUCAAGCUGUACCACCCCUGGGGGACCCCCAGGGCCCAGCACGAACACAUCCUGCCCACCAACAGCUUCAGGCCCAAGGUGUUGACGUGUCCGGAGCACGAUCAGGAGAAGCUGCAGUUCUACUGCCGGAACUGUCAGCGCCUGCUGUGCCAGCUGUGUAAGCCGCGCCGGGUGCACCACGGGCACAAGGUUCUGCCCAUCGCCCAGGCCUACCAGGCCCUCAAGGUGGGUACGCUUUGA